CAGAGCAGGUGGGGAAAGUGAGCUGUGGGAUUCUUUGGCUGAUUAAAGCAGGCAAAGAUUUUGGAGAAACAGUCAUCGGCAGCAUUUUAUGCUAAUGUGUCGAUGUUGAGUUUUAGCCCAAGAUCCUGAGCCAGUUUCCUGAGAGCAGGAACUGCACCUCACAGAAAAUGGGGUCUGUGGGCCCAGACCUCCAACUGGUUUUCCACCUCCCGCUGGAGUCCUUGUCUCCAUAUGAAUCAUACUUGCUUACAGCCUGCUCAGGGACCUCAGAAUAGCCCCCACGGUAAUCUUACUGUCAAACAUCAGUGUGCACAGGAAUCAGCGGGGAUGGGGUCAUCAUGCAGAUGCUGGUUCUGUAAGUCAGAGGUGGACCUGAGCUGCUGCUGCCGGUUUGGGGACCACCUGGAGUUGCUCGGGUCUAAAAGCAGCAGCCCACAGUGUGCCCCCCGUAAACCACGUGUGACAGAAUCACCUCUCCAGCCUGCUUGUUUCACCUGCAGACUCCUAGGCUGCACCUCUGAUCUCGGGCCACAAUCUAGCAGGUGACCCUUUGAGCUGACACUCCAGGUGAUUCUUUGACACAUUCAAGGUUUGAACUGCUGGCCUUGGCGGGAUAGAUAGGUCAUUUAGAACUGAGGAAUGCCUCUUUCCAGGGGACACAAUGAGUCACAUGCAGGGCUGGCUAUAGAAAACAGGCCGUGUAUGUAGAGCUUGGUAGGGGAGCCCAGCGGAGUCCUGGGUGAGCUGGGGGCCUCAGGCCUCCGCAGCUCUCCUGCAGAGGUCAGAUGACCUGAGUCGAUGACUCUUGCCCUGUCCUUCCAGUCGCCCAGCAUGCUGCGCCCACCGCACGCCCAGGCGCACUGACCAUGAGCCUCAACUCCUCCCUGGGCUACUGGAAGGAGCUGAGCAACCUCACUGAGGAGGCGGCUGGUGAAGGGGGCGUCAUCGUCACCGAGUUCAUCGCCAUUGUGAUCAUCACCAUUUUUGUCUGCCUGGGCAACCUGGUCAUCGUGGUCACCUUGUACAAGAAGUCCUACCUCCUCACCCUCAGCAACAAGUUCGUCUUCAGCCUGACCCUGUCCAACUUCCUACUGUCCGUGCUGGUGCUGCCCUUCGUGGUGACAAGCUCUGCUCGGCGGGAAUGGGUCUUCGGGGUGGUCUGGUGCAACUUCUCUGCCCUCCUGUACCUGCUCAUCAGCUCGGCCAGCAUGCUCACCCUCGGGGUCAUUGCCAUCGACCGCUACUAUGCUGUGCUGUACCCCAUGGUGUACCCCAUGAAGAUCACGGGGAACCGAGCUGUGAUGGCUCUUGUCUACAUCUGGCUUCACUCCCUGGUCGGCUGCCUGCCUCCUCUCUUUGGUUGGUCGUCGGUGGAGUUUGACGAGUUCAAGUGGAUGUGCGUGGCCGCGUGGCACCGGGAGCCUGGCUACACGGCCUUCUGGCAGAUCUGGUGCGCCCUGCUCCCCUUUCUGGUCAUGCUUGUGUGCUAUGGCUUCAUCUUCCGCGUGGCCAGGGUCAAGGCGCGCAAGGUGCACUGUGGCACCGUGGUCACGGGGGAGGACGAUGCCCAGAGGCCCGGGAGGAAGAACUCCAGCACCUCCACCUCCUCCUCGGGCAGCCGGAGGAAUGCCUUCCAGGGCGUCGUCUACUCGGCCAACCAGUGCAAAGCCCUCACCACCAUCCUGGUGGUCAUCGGUGCCUUCAUGGUCACCUGGGGCCCCUACAUGGUGGUCAUCACCUCCGAGGCCCUCUGGGGGAAGGACUACGUCUCCCCGCGCCUGGAGACCUGGGCCACGUGGCUCAGCUUUACCAGCGCCGUCUGCCACCCCCUCAUCUAUGGACUGUGGAACAAGACGGUGCGCAGGGAGCUGCUGGGCAUGUGCUUCGGGGACCGCUACUACCGGGAGCCGUUCGUCCAGCGGCAGAGGACAUCCCGGCUCUUCAGCAUUUCCAACAGGAUCACAGACCUGGGCCUGUCCCCACACCUCACAGCACUAAUGGCAGGUGGACAGCCCCUGGGGAACAGCAGCAGCACGGGGGACACUGGCUUCAGCUGCUCUCAGGACUCAGGGACGGACGUGAUGCUGCUCGAAGAUUACACGUCUGAGGACCAGCCUUCCUCCCACUGCACUUGCCCACCCAAGAGGAGGAGCUCGGUGACGUUCGAGGAUGAAGUGGAACAGAUCAAAGAAGCUGCCAAGAACCCCAUCCUCCACGUGAAAGCCGACGUGCACUCGUCCUUGGACAGUUACGCUGACAGCCUGGCCAAAGCCAUAGAGGCGGAAGCCAAAAUCAACUUGUUUGGGGAGGAGGCAUUGCCCGGGGUCUUGAUGGUGGCUCGAACCGUCCCGGGGGCCGGCUUUGGGGGCCGCCAAGGCAGCCGAACCCUCGGGGGUCAGAGGCUCCAGCUGCAGAGCAUCGAGGAAGGGAACAUUCUCCCUGUAGAACAGAAAUGAGGGCCCCAGGGUGGCCUGUCCCCAAGAAGGAUGCCCAUGGCCAACAGAGCUGGGGCCCUGGGAGCAUGGGGCAGGAACCGCACCUGGUGUGCCGCCCCCAGGAAAAACAUCGAGAACUGUGUCCAUGGUCAGAGACAUCCGUGUUUGCGUGAGUCCACCUGUAGGCUUCUCCUAGGUCCCCGUGAUGGGACCUGAGGCAUCAAAAGCACAAAGAAAAGCCGUUGGAGGUGUGGCCGUGACUUCCUGGGAGGUGGGGCACAGGGGGGACUAGAGGCUGCCUGGGAAGGAACCACCGGGUAGGUCAUGUUCUUUUGUUCACAGUCUGCCACGUGGGUUCCCUAGAGAGCCCCUUAUGCCCCCCCCCACUGGUGAUGACCUUGCCUCGGUGGAGCCACCUGCUGGUGCUCUUGGGGGCAGUCAUAGGCCGCCUCCCUACUCACUGAUUCUUUGCUGUUUCAAAAGGAGGGAGAAACCACUAUAAGAGACAGGAGGAAGGAGUGGGUACCACAUGCUUCAUUUCCAGGAUUAAAAAAACCGGUGCAUUUGGUUAGGACACACCAUGGACUUACCAAGCCUGGACGGCCGUGGUGCCAAAUGGUCGGGAGGUAGAGACACUGUUGUCGCUGGAGGAGCUCCCUUCAGUAGGAAAACCUCCCGUGGACUCCGUGUGUGAUGUUUGACCAAGAUGAGGCGGAAUGGAAACCCUGACGGGCCUGCGUCCGCACCUGCACUCCCCACCCAGCUCCGCCUCUUACUCAGUCUCUGCGACUUCUGUCACCUCUCUAGGCCUUUGGGAAAGUGGGAUGAGGGAUUGGGCACCAGGCUGAAUGGUCUCCAAGAUCGUUUCCAGCUGUGAUCUCUGAUGUUCUCUGUAACGCAGAGACAGGAAAAGAAAAGGGACCCAUGGACCCGUGUUGGCACAGCUCUGAGGUUUCAAAGGCGCGGAUGGACUUCAGGCCCAGGGGUGCGGCCCUGGGCUGGUCCACUCAGAAUGGGGCCGGGGAGGCCGGACAUGGAGGAAGGGACCCUCCGAGGUGGAGUGGAUUCGUGUGGGGCUUGGAGUAGUGGGCAUGGUGACUUGGGAAGCCAUUGAAUCAUCUGUGUCUGCCCAGUAGCCUGGGGCACUAAAUAUGCCAAGGGCAGGACUUGCCCCGCCCUAGAGUCCCACGUGGUCCUUGGAGGGGCCAGUUGAGAUCAGCUGUGGCUGCCGAGGGGCAGCCACUCCCAGAAAGCUCACUGGCUUUGUGGUGUUUCCUUUGGGGUCUAGCUAGCUCCCGGGGAGGCAGUGACUUUUUCACUGUGUAGACACCAGUGGUUGGCUGGUCCUCGGUCUGCAGUUUGCAAAGUCCUUUGCUGAGACUUGAGGGCUUGCUUCCUGGUGCUCAGGCUCAUUGACGAUGACUCCUGGCCAGCCGGGUGCCAGGUACUGGGUAGGUUCUGGGUGGGAGGGGAAGGAGCAGAGGGCAUUUCAAGAGCAGAGGUGGCUUCACCUUCGGGUCCUGCUAAGGAGAUGUGGAGGUCAGACUGCCCUCCUUCCGGUGCCACUCCUCAGUCAGAGAGCGCUUUACAUUUUCUUUCUGUACAUAGUCCUAGCUCUUGUCCAGUUUGUAAAGGGACCAUAUUCCUGACCAGCUCCCAUGCGCAGAGGUAGAGCAGGGCGGAGACCUUCACCUCUAGGUUGGAAUAACGGGGGCAGCUGGCCAGCGAGGCCUGUUUGAGGGGUUGGAGUGUGCGUCCCCUGGACUGCACCGGGCCCGGCUCUGGGGGGAGUCCUAAGACCCCAAGCCCUCACUGGCUGGUUGAAGACUAGCUGGGAUUUAUAAGGAUUAAAUCUAAGCUUAUCUAGAAACA